GUCUCAGUUUGUCUGCUUCUGGAUAAAGACGCAGUUUCACCGUCACUUCAACAAACGGAGAAAAUCACUAUGAAGAUCCUGCUUUUACUGGUUCUGCUGGGAAUACACAGCGCGAGCGCACGAACUCACUCUCUGAAGUAUUUCCGCACUGGAUCAUCUGAAGUCCCAAACUUCCCACAGUAUGUGGUUGUUGGUUUGGUUGAUGAUGUUCAGAUGUAUCACUGUGACAGCAACACAAUGAGAGCAGAACCCAAACAGGACUGGAUGAGUAAUAUCACAGAUCCACAGUACUGGGAGAGACAGACUGGGAUCUGUUUGGGUUCCCAGCAGGCCUACAAAGCCAACAUUGAAAUUGCAAAGCAGCGCCUCAACCAAACUGGAGGUGUCCACAUUGUCCAGAAUAUGUAUGGCUGUGACUGGGAUGAUGAGACUGGAGAAGUUGACGGGUAUGAUCAGUUUGGUUAUGAUGGAGAAGACUUCAUAGUAUUGGACCUGAAGACAGACACAUGGAUCGCUCCAUCAUCACAGGCUUUCAUCACCAAAAACAAAUGGGAUGCUGAUAAAGCUCAACUUGCUUAUCUUAAAAACUACUACACCCAGUUGUGUCCUGAGUGGUUGAAGAAGUACGUGGAGUAUGGGAAGAGCUCUCUGCAGAGAACAGUGGUUCCCUCAGUGUCUCUCCUCCAGAAGUCUCCCUCCUCUCCAGUGACCUGCCACGCUACAGGUUUCUACCCAAACAAAGCCGUGUUGUCCUGGAGGAAAGACGGAGAGGAGCUUUAUGAGGACGUGGACCACGGAGAGACUCUGCCCAACCAUGACGGAACCUUCCAGAUGAGCACUGACCUGCGAGUGUCAUCAAUCCCACCUGAGGACUGGAGGAAGUAUGACUGCGUGUUCCAGCUCUCUGGUGUGGAAGACGUUGUCAAAGUACUGGACAAAGACGCCGUCCAAUCCAACAGAGCCAAAUCCGCCCCAUCUCCUGCGAGCAGCACUGAGGUGCAGCAGCUGAACACUGAGAGAGAAUAAAUGACAAAUACAUCACCGUUCCUUUGUUCCCGGAAUCAUUUCAUCCACUGGAACAAGGAGUGAUGUCACCAAAGGGAAAUAUUGAUUCUCAGUCUCAUCAGAAAUCACUGAUUACUGAUUGAUCAACAAACAAACAACACUUAUUCACAAAGUGGCAACAUUUGAAAACAUCAAUGACAAAUCUUCAUCAUUGUCAACACUUAUUUCAACUUAUUUCAACACAACUCUAAAUACACAUUGACUAUAUAGACUUUCUUUUCAUUCUCUGGUUGUGUAAAAUCACUGGGGACAACAGUGUAAGUCCAUCAGCGUCGUUCAAUCACACAUUUACAACGUGGUAUAGAGACUGUAGAUUAGCUGCAGGUGUCAUUGUGCUUUUAUUUGUGGCACAAUGUUUUGCCUCUUUACUCAACAAGAUAGAAAAUGAUUGGACACAUUUCCACCUGGUUUGUGUUGCAUCUCUAAACUCACUGUUAGUUCCAUUUGCGGAAAAUCUCUUUCUUCACUAUAUACACGAUGCCACACGUUAAUAAUAAUAAUCACAUAUUCAGUGAUGUAUCGGCUGUAGAUCCAAGACACAAACACACAUUAAACAAUAAGCAUCACUGCUUUUCCACUUGUAUAAAUAUGUAAAUAUUUCAGGCUCAGAGUAAUUAAUGUUUCUUUCUUUCAUGAUGUUUUGAUUAUAUAUCACUUAAUGUAGUGGCUAAGCCCCAGCUUAAAGCCACCUAGGGUCUGCAGGACAGGCUAAACUUAAUAACACGCUGCAUACACUUUCUGGCACGUCCAAUGAAGUCCAGUCAUUGGACUUCAUAACAAAAAUUGUUUUGUUAAGCAAAACAAAAGGUCGCACAUUUGUUUUGCUUAAUGUGCAACCUUUUAUUUCUCACGUUUUAGGCGCAAGAUCAAGUCCAACAAACAGCAGUAAAUCGGUGACGGAGACCACUGUGCCAUAAGCAUAUCUUAAAGCGGUUGAAAAACUGUGUGCUCUUCCGUCCGGCAACACCUGCCCAGUGACACAAAGUUCCCACCUUUGUAACAAAAAGAACACACCCACCACCUGUCGGCAUAAAUUGGUAGUGCAGCAGCUACACAAAGAAAUGGCUCCUACACACCGGCCCCUAAUUGUAAUGGAUACCAGACAUAGAAUUCUUUCAAAAAUAAACCAGGGAGCCAUAAUCAAAAUGAUACUUGAACACAUUUUACAACACAAAUUCUUUCAUGUAUCAUUUUCAUGUGAACCUUUGACCUUCUAUUCUGUACCCUCACAAAGCAAGCAAAGUUUUGGUGAUAGGACGAUCAUUUAAGAUGGCUUCAGCUUCACACAUCACUGUUUGAAGUCCAUCAUCAUCCAGUCUUUGCUGUUGAAGCACUGAACUCAGAAUCCUUCUCACCAUGCGGAUUACACGCUCCCAGACUCCACCAUGAUGUGAACCUGCUGGGGGAUUGAAACUCCACUUAAUUCCAUCCUUCCUCAAAGCUCCUUGAAUCUGCUCAUGAUUCAGCGAUGCAAGCGCCUCUCUUAGCUCUCUCUCUGCUCCUAUGAAGUUAGUUGUAUUGUCAGAUUGAAUAUGAGCAACUUGACCGCUUCUGCAAAUGAAACGACGUAGAGCAUUGAUGCAUGAAUUUGUAUCCAGAGAGUUAGCCACUUCCAAAUGGACCGCUCUGGUGGUUAGACAGGUGAAAACCACGCCAUAGUGCCCAGUGACACAAAGUUCCCACCUUCAUAACAAAAAGGACACACCCACCACCUGUCGGCAUAAAUUGGUAGUGCAGCAGCUACACAAAGAAAUGGCUCCUACACUUCAUAUGAAACAAGCUUGUUCAUGAAAUGAGAUUUGUGGGAUUUUUGAAGCUCGUCGACACACUGAUGUUUCAGCUUUGGCUUCUUAAACAUUUUGAAGAUGUGUUUAAAGAAAUGAAGUUGCACUGUUGUUUCUUUCCUUUUGUACUUCUACCUUGCUUUUCAAAAUUCAAUAAAGGCCCUGAUUUGUUCAAAUGUC